UCAAAUCAAUUAAGCUCUAAAAAUGGAGCCUCUAAACCACAUUUUUUCUAACCAUUUUUCAACUUUCUUCUUAGCCAUUUUACUAGUCAUUGGUUAUGCACUGAACUUAGCCAAUGCAGCACCCAUGACUCACAACCAUCAGUUUGUUAUUCAAGCAACACCAGUGAAGAGGCUGUGCAAAACUCAAAAUGUGAUCACUGUGAAUGGGAUGUUCCCUGGUCCAACAUUAGAAGUCAAUAAUGGAGACACUUUAGUUGUGACUGUUACUAACAAAGCUCAAUACAAUGUCACCAUCCAUUGGCAUGGUGUUAGGCAAAUGAGGACUGGAUGGGCUGAUGGGCCUGAAUUUGUGACUCAAUGUCCAAUUAGGCCCGGAGGGAAAUACACUUAUAGGUUCACAAUUCAAGGCCAAGAAGGGACACUUUGGUGGCAUGCUCAUAGUUCAUGGCUUAGAGCUACGGUUUAUGGUGCCCUAAUUAUUCAUCCAAAACAAGGAUCUUCUUAUCCAUUUCCUAAACCUAAAAGGGAAACACCCAUUAUUCUUGGUGAAUGGUGGAAUGCAAAUCCAAUUGAUGUCGUGAGAGAGGCAACAAGAACAGGAGCAGCACCAAAUGUUUCUGAUGCAUAUACUAUUAAUAGUCAGCCUGGUGAUCUCUAUAACUGUUCCUCUCAAGAUACUGUAAUAGUUCCAAUAAAUUCCGGCGAGACGAACCUUCUCCGAGUCAUCAACGCUGCGAUGAACCAACCGCUUUUCUUCACUGUAGCUAACCAUAGGCUCACAGUGGUUGGUGCUGAUGCCUCUUAUACAAAACCAUUCACCACAACAGUCCUAAUGCUCGGACCGGGCCAAACCACUGAUGUUUUAAUCUCCGGUGACCAGAAACCAUCCCGGUAUUACAUGGCAGCGCGUGCAUAUCAAAGCGCCCAAAACGUUGCAUUUGACAACACUACUACUACCGCAAUUCUUGAAUAUAAAUCCGCUCCAUGUGCUCCCAAAAAUUGCUCGUCCUCAAACAAACCAGUCAUGCCACAAUUGCCUGCGUAUAACGACACGGCUACGGUCACUGCUUUUAAUAAACAGUUUCGGAGUCCUAACAAAGUGUUAGUUCCGGCGGAAAUCGAUGAAAAUUUGUUCUUCACAGUUGGAUUAGGACUCAACAAUUGCCCAUCAAAUUUUGACAAGUCAAGCCAAUGUCAAGGGCCUAAUGGCACAAGAUUUUCAGCAAGUAUGAACAAUGUGUCAUUUCAAUUACCAUCAAAUUUUUCUCUCUUACAAGCGCAUCAAUUGGGGAUUCCGAGGGUUUUCACUACCGAUUUCCCGGCGAAUCCGCCCGUAAAAUUCGACUACACCGGGAAUAAUGUUAGUCGAUCCCUAUUUCAACCGGUGGCUGGUACUAAGCUUUACAAAUUGAAAUAUGGAUCAAGAGUACAAAUUGUGUUACAGGAUACAAGUAUUGUCACACCUGAAAAUCAUCCAAUUCAUCUUCAUGGAUAUGAUUUUUAUAUCAUUGCUGAAGGUUUUGGAAAUUUUAAUCCUCAAACUGAUGCCUCCAAAUUUAACCUUGUUGAUCCACCUCUCAGAAACACAGUUGGUGUGCCUGUUAAUGGAUGGGCAGUCAUCCGAUUCGUCGCGGAUAAUCCAGGUGUGUGGUUAAUGCAUUGUCACUUAGAUGUUCAUAUUACAUGGGGAUUGGCUAUGGCAUUCUUGGUUGAAAAUGGAGUUGGUAAAUUGGAAUCUAUAGAAGCUCCACCACAAGAUCUUCCUCCAUGUUAAGAUUAAUAAUUGAAUAAUUAGGCC